AUGGGAUUCCAACCGUGGCGUGCCAUCCCUGGUAAGGGAGUCUUGCUGUUGCUCAAUCUUGUCAGCGCCGUCGCCCUGAUCUACGAAGGUUACAAUCAAGGUGUCUACGGCAGUGUCUCUGGGACCCCUGGCUUUAUUGCCAUGUCCGGCAUCGGUCACGACUCUACCGUUACCCAAACCACCAAGCAAGGCGGUCUUGCUGCAGCAUAUUAUUUUGGAGCAAUUUUUGGGGCCUUCAUCGGUGGAUGGCUUGGUGACAAGCUUGGAAGGAAGAAGGCUGCUUUCAUUGGCUCUAUUCUAUCGCUUUUGGGCUCCGCCCUGCAAUGCGGCUCGAUCAACUCUAACAUGUUCAUCUGCUCCAGAGUCAUUUCGGGGCUCGGGAUCGGUUUCAUCAACAACAUCAUGCUCUCUUGGGUGUCGGAGUUGACUCAGGCCCACGAUCGAGGAUCCACUUUCUCUCUCGUCUUCGUCUCAAACUUUCUCGGCAUUUUCCUCGCCAACUGGAUCAAUUUCGGAAUCCGCACCAGCGGCGAUGAGUUUAGAUGGCGAUUCCCUCUGGGCUUCAUGUGCAUUCCCAUGUUGAUUGUUACAGUGGCUAUCCCUUUUGUCCCAGAAUCUCCCAGGUGGCUCAUGGCAAACCAUCGUGACUCAGAGGCCAUUGAAAUCCUGUGCAAGAUCCGUGGUGACAAAAAUGCGUCUGAUCCAGAAAUAAUCAGAGAGGUUGAACUGAUCAGCGCCGUUGUCGAGGCUUCCUACCACAAACGAAACAACUAUAUCAACAUUGCUCUCGGCGGUCGCUACUCCGGCAAGCUUCAUCUUGGCCGUCGCGCUGUCCUUGGAUUGGCUCUUCAGCAGAUUCAACAGUGGACAGGUAUUUUGGUCAUGGUAUCCUGGGCCACCCAACUCUUUGAGCUUGCGAGCUUCGACUCCUACAAAGCUUCCUGGAUGUCAGGACUUUUGAAUACCACCGGUGUCAUUGGUACUGCAGCGGCAGCCCUCGUUAUCGAUCGCAUGGGCCGUAGGCUGUGUCUCCAGGUUUCCUUCUUGAUUCAGGGUGUAUCCUUGUUCCUGGUGGCAGCCCUGAUCAAGACAUCUCAGGAUCGAGUCCUGUCCGAUCCUUCGAAGUCUCAGGCUCUCGGAACAGCGGCGUCCUCAUUCACCUUCACCUUCGUCUUUUUCUUCACCAUGUUCAACAUCGUGCCAUGCUGGAUUUACGGGACCGAGAUCUGGCCCCAAGAGGUCCGCGCAAAGGGCUACUCGUUCACCAUCCUAGGCUGGGCAAUCGGCUGUGGCGUGACAACAUUUGUCAUCCCAAUUAUGCUUUCCAACAUUGGAUGGUGGUCUUUCAUCUUCUUCGGCUGCAUGAACUUUGUAGUCAUGCCUAUCAUCCACUUCUUCUACCCUGAGACCGCAGGACGUUCGCUCGAAGAAGUCGACCUCCUCUUCGCCAGCGACUCCCUGCUGGUCAGCAAGAACAUGGCCGAGUAUAACCGCCGUGUUGCUGAGGCUGGCGGAAACAUCGCGGUCGCUGCCCGGAAGCUUCUCGACGAAGUUGAUGGUGAGGAUAAGUUGGAUCCAAGUCGAGUGUCGAUUAGUGCCGUUGGAGAGAGUCGUGGUAAGAUUGAUCCCGAGAAAGAUCAUGUGGAGGCAUCCUUUGUAAAGUCAUCACCAUGA